UGUUCUGCUCAUAUGUUUUAGGGUUCUUGAUUGAUUGUUGUUUCUUUUGCAUAGAGAUUGUCAAUUAAACAAAAUGUGAGGGCAAUUCUGUCAAAAAACUAGAGCCAUGCCCUCCGGCUCCGAUACAGCGGCUGGUAAAGCCACGGAUAUGCGACGUCCGAUUCGACCCUUCUUCUUCCUCCUCUUCAUUUGCAGAUCAAUGCUUUUUCUGCUUCGAUUCUAACAGUCUGAUAAACCCUUUCUGGGAUUAAUUACCGACACGCCCUAAGCCUCAUUGCAUUUCUCUCCACAAAAAUUGCCCGCCAUUCAAAUCCUGGCUGGAAAACCCGAAUCGCUAAACUAGGUUCGGCCGGUAAAUGAAAUCCACGCCCUGGUGCGCUAGGAGAUGAGCCGGUCGCCGUCGUUCUCGGCUAGUUCCGAGUUGCCCACUUCCAAGAUCGACCAAGAAGCGUUGAGCCGAUGGGUCGUCGCUUUCUGCACUAUCCGGUUCGAUCUGGAGCAGGGUCAGCUCAUCGAAGAGUGUUUCCCGCCGAGUCGACUCACCCCGGAGGAAGAGCUCGAAAUCGCCUUCAAUUCCUUCCCGGAUUCGGUUUCCCAGCACCACAAUCGCUCCAGCAUUCACGAUUGCAUCUUCUUCUUCCGCUUCCGAAGACGGAUUGUCCAAGGAAGGUCAGUGGACGGGAAUCCAUUGGUUGAGCUUGAAUCGAAUAGUAGUGGUUUUAGUGCUAGUAGAUACUUGUAUGGUUUCGUGUUCAAUAGGCAGAGGCACGACGAGAGGCUAAAGAGAGGGGGAGAGCAGAAAUCGGUGGUGAUUUUGUCUCACAGUCCUUACUCUAGUGUGUUCAAACCUUUGUUACAAAUCAUGGGUCCUUUGUAUUUCGACAUUGGGAGGAAAGCUCUUGAGCAUAUUGCUUUUUACGUGUCAUUGUGGCCUAGUCCUGUGCUUGGCAAACUAAUGGAGCUUCCAAUUGGGAAUGCUACUCUCAAAGUGAAUUUACCGCCGGCUCAUAGCUUGCCUUGGGAUGGCGGGAUUUCAUUUGAGGAGUCUAGUUCCUCUAUAGCUCCUUUCCUUCCAAACAACCAAUCGGUUCCACAGGGUUUGUUUCAUGAUUCAGAUGUUUUUGGUAUAUAUCGGGGAGUUCUGUUGCAGCUUUGGUUGUUGUGGGAGUUGUUACUAAUAGGUGAGCCGAUUCUUGUUAUAUCGCCAACGCCUCCCCAGUGCUGUGAGGCUGUUGCAUCUCUAGUUAGCCUGGUUGCACCACUUCUUUGUAGUGUUGAUUUCAGGCCUUACUUUACAAUUCAUGACCCGGAGUUCGCCCAUCUAAACUCAGUUCAAGACGGGGAUGCUUUCCCUCCAAUGGUUUUAGGAGUGACGAACCUUUUCUUCUUGAAAGCUCUGCGUAAUAUCCCUCAUAUUGUUUCAGUUGGAAGCCCUCCUACUAGUUCAAACCGGGUUGCACUUGCCCCUAGAGGGUCUGCUGGCAGGCUUUCUGGCAGGCCUGAAGGACUUGGUCUUCAAAAUCUUUCCCUUAGGAGGUUUUCGCCUUCAAAUUUGUUGAAUGCCGUGAAGAUGAGGAGAGACGGUCCUUUUUGUCUCAUGACGGAACACAAGGAAGCCAUUUGGAGCACCUACACUGCAACAACCAAGCCAGACACGUCUAUCUUGAAUAGGCUUAUUGAUGCUGGCAUGUCACCAAGGAUCGAGGAGUCUAUGUCUGUUGUGAACAAUGAGAUAUUGAGACGACAUUUUUUGGAGCUUACUACCAACUUCUUGGCCCCAUUUGGCCCAUAUUUUAGAGCUACCACACCUUCUGAGGGAUCUUCACCAUUUGUUAAUCCUCCUCCUCUCCCUAUGUUCAAUGCUGAUGAAUUCCUUCAAAGCUUGUCGGCAAGAGGUCCAGGAAAGUUUUUGUCCAAGCGGAUGAGAUCUAACUGGUUGGACCUAUACAGGCGGUUCCUGAAAGGGCGGAAUUUUAUGCCAUGGUUUCAAAGGAGGCAAGCUGUUGUUGAGCAAGAGCAGCAUAGACUCUGGAGGCAAGCAAGAUUGAAGACUGACAUACAACAAUUCAUAUCUAAAAUGUGUGAACUCGAAAUUGUUGAUUCCUUUGAUUCAAUUGAGAGACAUCUUCUUGAAGAACUGCAGUCAGGGAAGGCUAAUGCAGACUCUGUAGCUGCUUGUCAGAAACUGAAGGGAGAUCUGAAGGCAGUUUUCGAUGUUCUUCCAAAAGACAUGCAGCAAAGUCUACUUUUGAACCCUCAGAGAGCAGCUCUUCUUCAAGGAAUUCAUGAAUGAAGAAAACAUUCCGCUGCGCCUCUUCUACAACGUGUAGUCUCUUUCUCCUCAAUUCACCCAGAUGAUAGUCAAACCAUGAACCAAAAUGAGGCGGCUCUGGGUUUCCUGUGCUGAUGAAAGACUUGCAAGGCUCCUUGUCACAAUGGUUUUACAGCCUCAUUCUAUCAUUGGGUUCGGAAGAGUUAUCUGAUUUUUCAGCAUGGUUCUCUUAAUAGAUAGUCAAUGCGAAAACAAGAAAAAAAAUCAUGUACAUUGAAUGACGUCUCCCACAAGCAGAAUUGAGGUAACAAUAACAUAGUUUUACAUUUUAACCUCUGAAUGGUGUAAACAAUCUGGACAAGAUGAUUCGGAACUAAUUUAGAUUGGUGUUCCUGACAUUCUAAUGGAAAUUGAAGGUGUUCAAGCUGUA